ACGCCAAAUUACGUAUUUUUUUAUAUCUGUCAAUUUUUUACAUAUUUGUAACUUUUUAUUCCACGAAUAUCUUUGGAGAAUUUUACCCAAGGAUUUUUGAAGAUGCUUCCUCAAGAAGUGCCAGAGGAGGUGACUCCUGUAAAGAAAGGAGGACGAAAAAAGGACAAAAAAGCUGAUAAAAAGCGAAAACGAAUAGAGAGAAAAAAGCAAAGACAAAGAGAUGAGCUACUACGAGAACUAAAACUGAGCGACAUUACUCUUCGAAAACACGAAAAAGAAUGGAGGCAGUUAUUAAUAGGUAUAGAACUUCCCCACAUAAGAGACGAAUUAGAAUUUGCCUGGCACAACUUUGAACUGGUCAUUGAUAACAAAGAUUUUGCCAUAUCGUUGUUGAUGGACGAACUAAAACAAGCCGAAGAACAGUAUACUAUGAACUGCAACAAUCAUAUAGAACAUAUUGAUAAGUUGUUAGAUAUGUAUAAAGAGCGAAUGGAGGAACUACAGAGAGACUAUAAUAAAGAGAUAACCAAACUCGAGAAAGAAACUGAAAUUGAUGUUAACGAACUCUCCCAAAUAUUUACCGAAGACGAGAAUUAUUUGAAAACAAUAUUGUAUAUGUUGGAGAUGGCUAAAAAGGAACAAAAAGCUAAUAUCCGCGCUGACUACUUUAGUAGACUCGAAGAAGAAGAAACCAAAAAUACUCAAAUCAUUCAAAGACUGCGAGGCAUUUUAGAAACAGUUCAUUCUGGUAUUGAAGAAGAAACUGAUGACUUUUUAAAUAAGUAUUAUAUUCAAAUCCGAGAUCGUAAAAAGGAAUAUGAUAAACUCAGGGCUCAAGAUGAUGCGCUUCAAGAAUUACUCAGCUUUCAGCUAGAAAAGAUUAGAAAAAUGUACGAUUAUAUUAAGAGAUUAAAACAGGAUUUAAUAGACUGUGAAAAACUAUUGGGUAGAAGACUAAAAGACUUGGAAACUGAAUAUCAAUAUUUCCACAAUGCAUUCAACGUAUUGAAAAUGCAGCUUCAAAAAGAUCAGCAGAUAGACGCUAGUAAGAUGGAGAUUCUGACCGUUAGUCACAAUGAAACAAUGUCAGCUCUACAAAAAAUAAAAGAAAAGGGAGAACAUAUUCUUCAUGUUGCAGCAGUUUGCAGAAAAUUGGAAACCCAAGAAGAAAAGAUCCGGCCAUUUCCCUGUUAACUAUUUGAGACCAGAAAGAACGAAUUUAAGUCCCGAGGAUGAAAAUAUUGAAAUACUGGAUCUCUUCUGGCAGAGAGUUGGCCAAGCGGAAGCUUCUAGGUACUCGAUUAUUGAAGAACGAACAUUCUUAAAAAAAGAAAAUGAAAAUUCUUCAGAAAAAGCUGCACGAGUUUUGUCAAUGUUUGCAAUGUCCAGAGGGACAAACCAUCGACAACGAACAACUUAACUGGCCUCCUUAUAUUGGCCACAUAUCAAAAAAUGUGACAGAGGCUCAUCAAGAAAUGAAGAAAUAUCAACUACAAAAUUACCCGUUUGGUGGAAACUAAGUUUAUAAAUAUAUACCUACACUAUUUCUACAUUGUUUAAAUUUUCCCAUAGUAUUGUUCCCAGACAUUGUUAAAUGUAAAAAAAAAUUUUAUUUGAUGUAAUAAUUCAU